UGUUUAUUUUUCCCGGCAAAGCAGUUGCUGUGCAUUAUACAUACGUUAUGAUCUAGGGCUUUCUAGGCGAAAUCAUAAACAUACGAAAUUAUUUAUCUGUGUAAAAGACAAAAUGAGUUAUUUUUCGCUUGGUGGUCAAAAUGACGAUGACGGAGAAUUUCUAAAUCCAGCGGCUAGUGCGAGCCUAACUGGUGGUUCUAAGCUGUCUUCUCUUUUUGGAAUGAAUGAUCAAAUGACAAAAAAUCCAAACAGUAAUCAAUCGCUGACAUACACUGCACCUAAACCACCUGGAAAACAACAAGAAAAACCUCAGAAUAAGAAAAAACAAACCAGUGCUGCUAAUACAUCAGGUGUCGCAUAUGCUGUGGCAGUUACUGCUUAUAAAUAUGUCAACAGCCAACAUGUAAAACAAGGAAAACUUGGAGCUGCUAUUCUCAAAAAUCUUGCUUCAAAUGAUUUCAAAAUUCUAAUGUACGUGACAAAGCAACAACCUGUUUGUACUGCACAAAUUAAUCGCAACUUUAACUUUGUUGUUCAAGCGAAUAACUAUGCAAGUUUCUAUGACGAUCAACGACAAAGCUGGAACGUUAUGUUUGACAGUUCCGAACAAAUUGUUGAAUUUGCAAAACAGAUUUGCUUGGCAAAAUAUUUCGGAAACCCUACUCCAUGUGAUUCAGUUGUUGUUCAAGACAUCACCCCACAUGACGCUAAGUUAAACCACGUUGAAAUGGGUGAUUCCCUUGAGGUAAAAUACACAAGGUGGUUGGUGAAUGAAGACGGCACACUUGGGGCGGUGUUUGAUUCAAAUGAAGGAAAAGAUAAAACUUUUAGAUUCAAAACUGACAAAGGAAAAGUAAUUCAGGGUUGGGAGCAAGGAAUGAUGGGAAUGCAGAAAGGAGGAACACGAUAUCUCAUCAUUCCACCACACCUUGCGUAUGGGGAAAAGAGAGUUGGAAAUAAAGUUCCACCUAAUUCAACCUUGGCGUUCAAAGUUAAUUUGUUGCGGAUGAAACAAAGUCGUGAUAAUUCAUCGAUGAAAAGUGCCGGGUCUGUUGAUUCAGUGCCACAAGAGGUCUCUGCAGAGCAAGCUGUUGAAAUUCCAAAGAAAGUCACCCAUGAAACAACGGUGAAAGAGCGAACUUCUUCACUCAAUGAUCAACUUUCUCAUGUGGGAAAUGAUGAUGGUAAAUCCAACUUAAUGAUGAGAAUGGCAAAGAUGGGACAAGCAUUAAUUCCCAAUCCUACAGCUAACCAAGCUGAAGUUGAAUCUCACCCACAGCCUCAUGUUGUUAAUCCUACCCCUCAAAGCACACCUGCCCCUGCCAUACAUAUAAACAAUGAUAUUGAAACGCACCCUCAACUUGUAGUACAUCGUGCUUCACCUAAACCAGCCCAACAUAAUGUAAUGCAACCGGUCCAACCACCCUAUCAACCCAUACAACAGCCAUAUAUUCCACCAGCUGUCAGUCAUCCAAGUAGUAUCCACCAUUCACAUGAGUCACCAUACCAUUCAUACCACCCCGGAUAUCAACCAAUGCAACCAUACCCACCCAUGCAACAAAGCUACGGAGAACUCCCGAUCUUACUAUCCGAAUCACGGCAGCAUCUCACCGAACUUCGUUUGUUGCAAGAAAAAGUUGACAAAGUGAGCAAUUUAGUUCAAGAAGUAAAAGAGAAAUCCGUUGAUCCAAUGAAAAGUAACCUUAGUGCUUCACAAACCAUGGAUGCUGCUUUAAUAAUGCACAACAUACAACGUAUUAUGCAGGAGAAUGAUCAUAUAAAGCAGCAAGUUUUGGAAAAGAAUAAAAUAAUUGAGAAUCAAAAUGAUAAAAUAAGUAACUUGCUUCAACAGGGUCAAAAACAUGCUGAACAAAACAAUCUUCUCCUUGAGCAAAGAAAUGAUUCGUUUAAAGAAUCUUUUGGUCAAAGUCAAGCUCGUUUAUUACAACUAGAACAAGAUAAAGUCGAUCUUACUGAAAAAUUAAGUGAAGCAACUUCAAAAGUUUCUCAACUUAUGUUGGAAGCAACCAACGCAAAACAACGAGAUUCAGAUAUUAGACAAAAGUUUAAAGAAGUUUAUUCUGCUGAGAAGGAAAAAUGUGAAGAAUUGAGUGAAAAAGUACAAGAACUUGAAGAGGAAAUUUCAACCCUACGUGUUAAAGUUUCAACUUCAGAUCAACAAGAUUCAACAUUAAACAAGGAAAUAACCAAAUUAAAACAAGAACUUCAAGAAUCAAAAUCUAAAUAUGAAAAGAGCAAUGCAUUGUUGAUGAAGAAAUCAGCAGAGUGGGAGGAGGAGAGAAAGAGCAUUUUAAAGAGAAUAGAAGAGAAUAAGAUGAGUUAUGAGGAGAAGCUUAGUGAGGUGACAAGUCAAAAUGAUGCUGAACAUAAAUCCAAAGCAGAACUUCAACUACAAAUUGAAUCUUUGAAAGAAAAAUUAAACCAGGAAUCUCCUGAGCUUCAAGAAUCAAAUUCUAAACUUGAAACUUUGCAACAAAAAUUUCUCCAAUUACGAGGUUUAUACGAAGAACGUGGGCGAAAGAUUACAGAAGUAGAAGAAGAAUUAGAAGAAGCAACUCCUUAUAAGGAAGCUUACGAUAAACUACGGCAGCAAGCUACCAUGAUGAAGCAGAAAUAUGACGCAAAUAUUCAAGAUUUGCGACAAAAAUUAGAAGACACUGAUGUUCCAACCACAUCUGGUGAAGAUUUUGUUCAACAGGUUAAAGAGAUUAUGAAUUCUAUUUUUCACCAAAUUAAAUCUGAAGUUACAAUGGAAGAAGAAUAUUCCGGAAAAGAAGUUUUAAGUCUCGUGCUUGGUGUUAUUAAGAUGCAGGCAACCACAUUUGAGAUGUUGAGUAAGAACAAGGAAGGAUCAGAAGAUGAACAAUCGGAUUCAAGUGAGGAAGAGGAAAGUGAAGAAGAAAAUGAGGGAGAGGAUGAAGUUCAUGAUGAUGUUGUUCGUGACAAUGAUGUUCGUGAUAACAAGGAUGUUGAAGAGGAAGUUGGUUCUCGUGAUGCAAAUCAUAAUGAAGAUGAAAAAAGUAAUGUUCACAAGGAAUAUGAUUCUGAUCCUCAGAAAUAUGAUAAUCCUGUGAAAGAUGAUAAUGAUCAUGUGGAAGUAGAUCACAAAGAAGAUGAUUCGAAUCAUGUGAAAAAUGAUGUUCACGAGGAUGACAACGCUGAUAUCGUUCAUGAACAUCAUGAUCACAAGAAAGAUGAUAAAUUAAGGGAAGCUGAUGCUUGUAUGAAAGUCGAUGAUCAUCAUUCGAAAAAUGGUUCUGAGAGAGAAGAUGAUCAUGUGAUAGCAGCUGAUGAUAUAGCGGAUCAUAUGAACGAUGAUGAUCAUGUGAAAGAACGAGUGGAUUCUCAUGAAAAAUCAUCCAUAGAAACAGUUAAUGAUCCAAUAGUUGAUACAAAUGUUUGUGUCACCGAAAACUUAAGCUCAGAAAUCCCAAAUGAUCCCAAUACAGUUGAAGAAAAUGGAAAAACUGUAGAAGAAACAAAAGAUAUUCCACCCAGUGAUAGGCAAGUUGGAGAAGCUUUGUCACUUGAGAAGAAUCUUAAUGAAGCGAUUCUUGCAAAGAUAGAAGAGAAAUUAGACAGUGUAGGUGAGGUAGGGGAUCGCUCACGGACAUCAUCACAUGAUGAUGGAAGAGAACCCCCUCCUUUAUUUGAUGAUGAAGAAGAGGAUGAUGAUUUAGAUUGGUUGAAUUAAAAUUAUAUCUGAUCAGUCUGGCCAUUGGACCUUUGCAAUUUACAUUAAAACAUUUUGAUUACUGUAUCUUGUUGGGGCAAUUUCUGGGAUAAAUCCCCAUGAUGUGCCUUGGCAUUGAAUUUCAGUCCUCAACCAUGUAGAAUAGAGAAUUCUAUCCGAUUUUUUAAAUAUUAUAUUUAUUUUGAGUUAUAAUAAUUUUAAAGUUAAUAGUUAAACAGUGUACUUCAUAUAUUCAAUGUAUGUUUUCGUGCCAUUUUGAUUCACGUUUGCUGAUAUUGCUUUAUAAUUUCACCAACUUUCACUGAUUAAGUAUUUAAGUGCAAUAAACAUUAUGUUAUCAUCCAA